AGCGGUGACUUCAUCACUGUGCGUCUCUCUCUCUCUCUCUCUGCAGGACAACGCUCUGGUCUCAUCCCGUUAUGUCCACCGUGUAGCUCGUUGAUCUGGAUCGUGCGUGCUGCUGGUUGAAUCAUCGCUAUAUCUGUGUAUAUAUACAGUGAAUAACACGUGCUGGUGCAUCUGAACAUGGAGUCCGGGGACAGCAGUGAGACCGGCUCCGUGACGGCGGCUCAGAGGAGAGCAGAGAUCCGGAGGAGGAAGCUGCUGAUGAACUCAGAGGACAGGAUGAACAGGAUAGUGGGCUUCACCAAGAACGAGGCUGCUGAACAAAGCGCUGGAGCGCUCCUGCGUCCCACAGAACCACGCUUCCACCUCGAUCUCGACAGGACAGAGCCGUGGUCAUCAUCCUCGUCUUCCCCGAGACCGUCGCCCUUCCUGCCGGAGGCCUCGGGGCUCGGCAGCCGCUCCCACGGUGCCACCCCAGAGAGGAGGGGCUCACCCCUGCCAGACUGCAGCGGGUCACUGGGAGGCUCUCUGGAGGACGACAUCGGGGGGAUCCGACAGAGGCCGAGAGGGGAGCGGGCACCAGACGACCUCAGCGGCUCCCCACGCCGAGGCCUCCAGAAGUACCUGUCCCGUUUUGACGAUGCCAUGAAACUGCGGACUCAGCUGGCCAAUGAGCAGCCGGCCCAGGAAGGAGGCUCUGAGGCGGAGGAGUUUGACCCCUUCAGAAUCUUCCGGCUCAUCGGCAGCGUCCUCCUCGCUGUGUUUGUCCGGGUUUUUGUCUGCAAGUUUCUGUCAAUAUUUGCCCCAUUUCUGACCCUGGAACUGGCCUACAUGGGGUUGUCCAAAUACUUUCCAAAGGUAGAGAAGAAGGCCCAGACCACUGUGCUGACUGCUGCCCUGUUGCUGUCCGGCAUCCCCGCUGAGGUCAUCAACCGCUCCAUGGACACCUACAGGAGGAUGGGUGACGUCUUCGCCGACCUCUGCGUUUACUUCUUCACCUUCAUCCUCUCGCACGAGAUCCUGUUGCUGUUUGACUCAGAGACUCCCUGAUGCACCAGGAGGAUCUCGGGAACCCCGCCCCCCCACCACCUUCUAGUUGUCCCCUCCCUCUGUCUCCCAUAGCAACAAGGCAUGGUCAUUUACGUCGGCUGAUGUGGCUUUGUUGUUGACUGUCUGCAAGCGAGUCCUCGCUGCCUUAUGAUCAGGGUCGCGCGUCCAGGACUCUACUAAAGCUAAUCUACAUGUGACCAGAGAGUCCAGUGUUUGUUACAGACCUCCAAGUCAUUAAGCUCUGGACCCAAACAGAAAGGCAGCAUGUGUUUACUUGUGCGAAAGAAUUUACAGUGGCAUUUAUCGUGCUGAGUGAUAUUUAUUUGUCAGGUCUAGCACAGAAAAUGGUAAAAGUCCUACUCAAGAGUGGACACGAGUACAGUUCAUCAUCAGUCUGUUGGCCACAGAUUCCAUUCAACUUAUGAAUGAGGAAACACUGGAGUCCCUGAAGGGCUGGGCGAUAUUUCUGAAACUGACAUCAUUAAUUAAAAAGAUUCUGAUAUUCAUGCACAUGCAAGUGUAUGCUCACAAAAUAAUCAAACUGCUGUUCAAUGCAAUGAACUGUCUUUCAGUACUAUACAUUGCAUCAGAGAAACUCUUGACAUAAUCGAUUAUCAAAAUAGCUUGAUGGUUAAUUUAAUUGUUGAUAACUAAUCAAUUAAUCAUUGCAGCUCUAAAAAAGUGUGUUAUUUAUUCUUUAAAGAUUACAUAGUCUCGCUUUAAAUAACUGAUUUACUGAAAACCGAUAGAGAAUAAUAUUGAAUUAUCGCCCGGAGUCCUUCUACAUCCUAAUAAUCUCCAAAGAUGGUGCAUAAGCUGGGCAGGGUGUCAUGUUCUCAGCUGUUAUGAUGCGGACUUUAGAGGAAGUUGAUCUCCCAAUUAGUAUACAGCAUUAUGAAUAUCUGUUUUUCAUAUUAGUCAGCCCUGCAGUGUGUCCGGCAGGGUUGGAGUUAGUGCAUUUUCAGGUUUUGCCAUUCAAAACCCUGAAUCU